AUGAAGAUGGAGGACAUUGAGGAAAAGAAGAGAAAGGCUGAGGACGAUGUGAGCGUAAAGCAGAAGAAACAUAAGAAGGAUAAAAAGGACAAGAGGGACAAGAAGGAUAAGAAAGAGAAAAAGCAUAGGAAGGAAAAGAAGGAGAAAAAGCAUAAAAACAAUAAGAGUAGCACUGAUGAGCAUACUACUGAAAAUUCUGAGGUUAUACCUGAGUCUCACUCUGAAGUAAAGUCUGCUGAAGACAAUGCUUUGCCAAAAGCUUCACAAUCAGAUAUUGACACUUUUUUCAAAGAUAAUGAAGUUACCAUUGAAGAUGCAAAGGAGAACAGCUGUCCACCAGUUUUGACUUUUGAUCAAAUAUCUUUAGAUCCUAAAAUUCAGUCUGAGAUUUCAAAAUUUCCAAAACCAACACCAAUUCAAUCCGUAUCAUGGCCAUAUCUUCUCGAGGGUAAGGACGUAAUUGGUGUAGCUGAAACAGGAUCAGGAAAAACAUUUGCCUUCGGUGUUCCUGCGAUUGAUAAUUUAAUCAAGAAAAAUACUAAAUCAAAGGGUGUGCAAGUAUUGGUAAUUUCGCCAACCAGAGAGCUUGCAUCCCAAACGUACGAUAAUUUAAUUCUUCUGACUGAUAAAGGAAAUCUAGGUUGUUGUUGUGUUUAUGGUGGUGUUCCAAAAUACGAACAAAGAGAACAACUGAAAAAGUCACACGUUGUUGUUGCUACUCCAGGUAGAUUACUGGAUCUAAUGCAAGAAGGAUCUGUAGAUUUGUCAAACGUCUCAUAUUUAGUCUUAGACGAGGCAGAUAGAAUGCUUGAAAAAGGUUUCGAAGAAGAUAUCAAAAAUAUCAUCAGGGGAACAAACACCAACAGACAGACAUUAAUGUUUACGGCCACUUGGCCAAAAGAAGUUCGUGAAUUGGCAAAUACAUUCAUGAAUGAACCUGUUAAAGUUUCCAUUGGUAAUACGGAUGAACUUUCAGCUAACAAAAGAAUCACUCAAAUCGUUGAAGUUAUAGAUCAAUUCCAGAAGGAGAAGAAGCUUUUAGAUUUGCUUAAAAAAUAUCAAUCGGGUCCCAAGAAAAAUGAUAAGGUUCUGAUUUUUGCAUUAUACAAGAAGGAAGCUGCUCGUGUUGAAAAGAAUCUCAAAUAUCGCGGAUACGACGUCGCUGCUAUUCAUGGAGAUCUUUCCCAACAGCAAAGAACUCAAGCUUUGAAUGAAUUCAAGUCUGGGAAAUCAAACUUGUUACUGGCCACCGAUGUUGCUGCAAGAGGUUUGGAUAUUCCAAAUGUUAAAACUGUCAUCAAUCUAACUUUUCCCCUAACAGUCGAAGAUUACGUUCACAGAAUAGGUAGAACUGGCAGAGCUGGUCAAACAGGUACAGCCCACACUCUGUUCACCGAGCAAGAAAAGCAUCUUGCUGGUGCUUUGGUCAAUGUUCUAAAUGGAGCUAAUCAACCUGUUCCUGAGGACUUGAAGAAAUUUGGUACUCAUACUAAGAAAAAAGAGCACAGUGCUUACGGUGCAUUUUUUAAAGACGUUGACAUGACAAAGAAGCCUAAAAAAAUUACUUUUGAUUAG